AAAGCCUGCUACGGCGGACAAUGGGAUGUAGUGGAAUUUGUCCUCUCACUGAACUUGGUGGACAUAAAAAGCACGGGAUGGAAGAAGAGGACACCAGUGAGGAUGGUAAGAGAAAAGGGUCACCAGGAAAUAGUGGAACUACUCGUAAAAAAUAAGGCUAAUCUGUUACUAAGUGAUAAACAUGGAGACAACACCCGUCACUGUGCCUGUAAUGGGGGACACUUUGAUGUGGUGAAAUAUGUCCUCUCUCUGAACUCGGAGGACAUAAACAGCUCGGGAAGGGAGGGGAGGACACCAGUGAUGAUAGCAGCAGAAAAAGGUCAUAAGGAAGUGGUGGAACUACUCGUAAGACAUGGAGCGAAUCUGUUACUAAGUGAUAAACAUGGGGACAACACCCUUCACCGUACCUGUAAUGGGGGACAUUUUGAUGUCGUGAAAUAUGUCCUCUGUCUGAACUCGGUGGACAUAAACAGCACGGGAUGGAAGAAGAGGACACCAGUGAUGAUAGCAGCAGAUUACGGACAUAAAGAAGUGGUGGAACUGAUGGUAAAGAAUGAAGCUAAUUUCUCACUCAGAGAUGAAGACGGUAAAAGCAUUCUUGACUUUGCCCGUCAGGGAGGAUAUUUGGAGGUGGUGCAAUAUGUCAUGACACUGUUAAACCACUAACGCUGAGAGACAAAGAGUCAGCAGCCAAAGAAAUGAGUCGACAAAGACGAGCAACGACACUGUUGGACAUCCUUGCGUCACACGGUGUUUACAUCUAACACGUGCAUUGUUUGUGAAUGGUUACAUUAUGUACAAAGAACAUAUAGCGUCAGGGUAUAAGACCUACAGUAGCGGUAAAGGAAACUGUAGAACUAGCAGUAGUAGUAGUAGCAGUAGUAAUAGUAGUAGUAGUAGUAGUAG